AUGGCGACUCCCAAUAAUGUCACUCCCACCAACUGCAGCUGGUGGCCCAUCUCGGCUCUGGAGAACGACGCGGGGAAAGGCAAGGAGGGGGAGGAAAAUCAGGAUCCGACAGAUCCCGCUCUCAAAGCCCAGGACAGGCUGGUUUUGUACCACUGGACCCAGUCCUUCAGCUCCCAAAAGGUGCGGCUGGUCAUCGCGGAGAAGGGGCUGCCCUGCGAGGAGCGGGACGUCAGCAUGCCCCUGCUGGAGCACAAGGAGCCCUGGUUCAUGCGGCUCAACCUGGGGGAGGAGGUGCCCGUCAUCAUCCACAGGGACAACAUCAUCAGCGACUACAACCAGAUCAUCGACUACAUGGAGAAGAACUUCACGGGAGGACACUUGGCUAACGCCAGCACGGAGCUGAUGAAGCUGGACCAUGAGGAGGAGCCACCGCUGACGGAGCCGUACCUCUCCAAGCAGAAGAAGCUCAUGGCCAAGAUCCUGGAGCACGACAACGUGAACUACUUGAAGAAAAUCCUCGGUGAGCUGGGAAUGGUGCUGGACCAGAUCGAGGCCGAGCUGGAGAAGAGGAAGCUGGAGUACCAAGGGCAGAAGUGUGAGCUUUGGCUCUGUGGCUGUGUCUUCACUUUGGCCGACGUCUUGUUAGGAGCUACCCUGCAUCGCCUCAAGUUUCUAGGACUCUCUAAGAAAUACUAAGACGGCAGCAGACCUAACCUACAGUCCUUCUUCGACAGGAUACAGAAACGCUUUGCCUUCAGGAAAGUCUUGGGAGACAUACACACCACGCUCCUCUCAGCGGUGGUACCCAACGCCUUCCGGCUGGUCAAGCGGAAACCUCCCUCCUUCUUCGGAGCCUCCUUCCUGAUGGGAUCGCUGGGGGGAAUGGGAUAUUUUGCUUAUUGGUACUUAAAGAAAAAAUACAUCUAAUGCUGGCUGCUUGGUGUUUAGUUUGGUGUCUCUGUGCUGUGUGAAAUUAUGAUGAAGCCUCAGUAACUGUAAUGAAAUUUGAAGCAAGGUAUGACUAAUUAUAUUGUUUAAUGUAACAUUCCAUAGUCUAGAAGUAGAAAAGUAUACUGCAAGGAAAUAAGACAACAACAACAACAACAAAAGCAUCAACUUGUAAAUGCCUUUUUUAGGGUUAAGUAUUCAACGCCAGCGAGAGCCUCAGGGGGUCACCGGGCUCCCCGUGCCCACCGGGAAGUGCCGCCAGUGCAGGCCAGCUCCACUGGGAGAGACAGGAACCCCGAGAAGUUUCCCAGGUUGAACCAUGGGACUCGGAUACUCGGUCCUCGAUGUCUGUUUCCGAAGUGUUCACCGGCCACAUUUCACACGUGUAACUAGUGGGGACUUUUUUCUUCUAGAAGCCAUUCUGUCGUGCUCGGAGGCUUUCCUAGGAGCAGGGUGCAGUAGCUGGUCACGGUCAAGAUGGAUUUGCAUUCUUCAAUUUCCCAUUUUUUAAAUUGUUUUCCUUAAAAAGAAUAUUUUUUAUUGAGCUACUCUUAGCAUCUAUCCACUUUCUAUGUCUGGUUUUGGUGGGCUUUUUUUUAGAAAAGAAUUUCAUGUCUGUCUUCAACUGCCACACUUUCCUCCUGAGAUAAAUCGUUUUGACUUCCACCCUGAAUUUUGACACACGAGGGAAUUAUUGUUUUAGCCUUUUGGCUCAGUCUUGAGUUUUCUUUUGUGGAUUUACAAAGCAUCUCUCACCGCCCAAGCAUACCUGGACUCUGAAAAAGUACUACCGUUUUCCCGAACUGUCAGGACUUUUCUGAAGAAACUUUGGCCUUCUCUUCCAUUGGGGGCUCUUUUCAUCUCCUCGCUGUGUGUUUUCUUAGAGACACUUUGCACAGAAUCACGUUUAUGACUUUCUUGUGCCUUUUGCAUGUUGGAAAGAAUAACGGGCCUCACUGCUACUCGUGCUUUGAAACUGAGAUCCUCAAUAAACCGUAUGGGAGGAGUAACUGCUUCCCAUUCCUAAAUGUGUUCAACAAACUCCUAGUCUAAUUUCAAAGCGUGCCCAUGUCCAGAGGCACGUUGCAGGUGGUUUGUGCUUUUUCUUUUGAGCUGUACUGGUAUAAAACUCGCAUGGAAACAAUGCAUAUUCCUCUUCCAAAGCGCACAUUUCUGUAGGCGCCCAGCCUGCUAGGACCUCCGCUGGCUGGUUUGCAGUGCGCUCUGGUGAUCCCUGCCGAGCCACGCUGCCUCUCUCGGCUUGGGAACUCAUGCCGACUGUGGCUGAAGCAAUAUGAGUUUCAUUGCCUCCAACUCAAAAAUGAUCUUUAUGGCUUGGAAAGCUGCAGGAUUUCCCAGGAGCUUUGGUUCUCAGUACAACCUGGCAGUCAUGGAAGUGUGAAUACUGAGCAGGAGUUACAAGGGUUGAGCACAUAGGGAUUACACAAAUGUAAAAUGCUCUAAUGUAUGCGGUGUUUGCAAUGAGUAUGGGCUGGUGGCAUACCUCUGGAAUACAACCUGUGCAGCUGCAAUAGCAGUUACCCCUGUUACCUCCCAGUGAUUACGGACAAACUCUCGGUGUGUGAUAACCCAAAUCCACCACCUGUGCACGCACAGCAGGCACCUGCAGCUAAGGCUGUUCAGAUGUCCUCCCAAAUACAGUUACCUAUUUGCUUCAUGGCAUUAAUGACUUCUGGAGAAAUAGCUGUUCUGCUUCUCUUUGAAGAGGGAAGCAAGGGGGUCCCCUGAGGUCACCCCUUCUGUUGAAUCUGAAAGGUGUAAGAACAUACACGAUGACCCCUAGUUCAUCACGUCCGUGACACUAAAUUCCCCCAAAGUUGUUACUUCUUUACCAUGAUUUCAUCCUUCUACCUUUGUCGGUUGUUCUACAAAGGCAUUCCCUGGUGCUAAGAGCCAAUGAAAUAUACUCACCAGAUAUGGAAAGGAAUAGUAAUGGAGGAACAAGGCCAUGAAAUCCAGAGAGAACAAGAGCAAAUACUACCACAGUUCCCAGGCUUUCAGCCUGAGAAUGAGGCAGAAGAAAGCUUCUUAGCAAGACUGCUGUUUGUUAUUUUGCUGCCCCUCCCCUCCCUUUUAAAGGAAAUAAAGAAUAAAUUUAGAAUCACAAAUCAGAACUCUAACCACUGGCGAAAGUAGGUGCUUGUUUUGUUUUGGAGCACGCUGUUAUAAUGCAGCUAUUAUAAGAAAUGUCAGGCAGAGCCAACAGCCAGAACAAGGCACAGGUCAGCUCAAACCAAACUGUGACAGCUGUCUGUUAUGUUGUCUCAUGCUUUGAUGGAAAGCCACAGAUGCUGUAGUGACGAGUGUUGUAUAGGGUAGCAGGCUGGCUAGUACUACUUACUGACGAGCCUUUGUUUUGAACCAAAUAAAAGAAAAAUAAAAAUCGGUGAAGACGGUGCCACUCCCUGUUGCUGAGCCUUGUUUCCCGACCUUGGUAAUGAAAAAUAACAGGAGUUUGCUCCAGGGAACAGCAAUCUCCAAGAGCGAUAAGAGACAAUUACUGUGACAGGCAGGGGCUGGAUUGAUGUUGAAGUGAACCACGAGAUGAAUGUCACCACCCCAAUCGAUCCAGAUUAGAUACUUACUAUGAAGCAGCCCUGUUGUGAUUACAGGCUAUCAUAAUAAAAAGUUGCUUUCGCUCCAGUUGAUCUAAGCCUCAUCAAUUUUUCUCCUCUAGUUCCAUUUAAAAACAGAGAGCCGCAUCCUACAGCACCGUAAGCCAGGCUCUGGCCCGAUGUUCCCUGCCCAAGGUACUUUCUGUACACAGAAAUGUGGAAACGAGAGCAACCAUCUGUUUUCUCGCUCCAGGACUUCAUGCUUUGCUCUCAGCAAGGUGUGGGGUAACAGCAGCUCCCAAGGGGUAAGGCUGGAAGGUGAGGCACUCAGAGAUGCUGUUUGGAACAAACGCCUGCCCUGGGAUACCUCACAGUUUACUACUGACCAAUUCUGUAGCAAACUGCUAGCCCUGAAGCGCUGGCUCAGCCGCACAAGACAACAGAGGGAAUGGCUUGUGCUGUAUCAUCCUGCACCACACACUCCUGAGUAUCUAACCCAAUCCCGUUUAGGGUCCUUCUUCCCUCCCACUUGCCAAGUCCCAGUCCAGCACUGAGGGACAGCUUCACCUUACACGCACUUACUUACCCAAGCAAAUUUUUAGCCAUUGAAAUUUCUGUUUUUUAGGAGCAGCCAUGCCUUUAGGCACCUAAGGACCUUAAAAACCUUUACGCAUGCUGAAAUGCUGGACUUGUUAUUGAGAUCAGCAUCUACUUGGCAAGUCUGAGCCCUUCUGAACACCUCUGAGAUGGAGCCUCAUGACACUGAGUGAGCUGUGGGUACCACACAACCUCCUCCUCCCUCCCAAGCCUCCUGUUCAAGAGGCUCCCAGGGAUCAGAUUUAUAACCCUACAGUUUCUGAAGUCUUUAUACUCCUAUGGGUUUUGCUCAAAAUGCUCAACUAUGAAAACCAAAAUGUAUGUGUCAGUCUUGUGACCACAGUUUGCAGCCUUCUCUUCUUGUCAAGGGAUGGGGAAGAUUUCUCCAUGCAGAAUAAAGGACUUGGAAACAAAGCUUGGCAGAGGACAUAGGACAGAGCACACAACCUAAGCCUGUCUGUCACAGGUUGCCAAAGAAAUCAAGAUCAAGGGCUAAGACUACCUAAUGACAGUCUUGUGGCCCUCUAAGAAAUUAAUUGCUGAGUCUUGCUGUGUUUCUGGAUGGAAAAAUAUCCUUACCACACAACCGCAGUUUCAGUGUUCUCGCUAAUGAGGAGAAGGGGAUGGUGUAAGAGGUGCUCUUUCAAGCAAGGGGAAAACUUCAUUUCUGCUGUGAAACAAAUAAGGGACUUUCCCACCUGAGAAUGACAAACAGAAAACAUUAGAGCUCGUGACAAUACUGGGUUUUGAGACAUUCACAUCAAGAUCAAAGCCAAAUCCACCCAAGCUGGUUCUGCAAUAUUCCUAUCCAUACCCCUGAAGGAUUUCCUAAAGCAUGGCCUCACUGUUCACAGAAAAGCUUUUGUCUGAGACCCCUAAUACUGAAUUUAAGGUUUUAAGCAGGAGCAAAACCCACAGGAACUUUUAUUCUCAGAUAAAGCACAUUCAUGACAAAUAAGUUUCCUUUUCUCCCUGUCACGCUGACUUCCUAAUGUGCCCAGGUGACACUUACUAUCAUUACCUUUUAUUUUCCAUUUUACACGCUUUCCUCUGCAAGAUUAAACGGAGAGAAAACAGCUUGCUUUAAAUGCCUCAGGGAAACAAAGAGUUCCACGCAAGCCCUAAAUAAUGCAGGCGAACAAUCGCUGUGUCAGCACACAGAUGUCUAUCACUGCGGUGCAGGCAGGCAGCAGGAGCGGAGGCUGCAGACUGCAGAGAGCCGCGUGCUGCAGGCCACGGCCGUACGCGCAGAGGGCAGCUGCCACUGCCAAAGCAGAUUAUUUCUAUUUCCACAUGACUUCAACAUCAAAUCGUAUCGAUAAGCAAAGCGUCAACCUCCACCCACUCCUUGGGAGCUCACAAUGCGUUUUUCUGCCUUGUCCUUCUCUGUACAACGAUCUGCUUUCAGCUCCGCUUUUCUUCGCCCCUCUCCACCAUCCUACCCCUUUUCUCUCUUCUGCAUUUUCCUGAUUUCACUCCUCUGUCUGCAGCAUAGGGAUACACGAGUAUUUUCACAGGGACAUCUCCGUUGUCAGGAGCCCAUGGGCUGUGGAACUGCACCAGCAGACAAAGCACCUCCCAUUUCCACCUUCUGAGAAAGAGCAGAAAAAAAAAAAAGAUGAUGAAGUCUUGCUAAAGAGCUCUCACCUAACAGCACAGACCAACUGACAACCUAGAAAGCUUUUCUUGAAAAAUAACGCUGUCCAUCCCCCUGCUUUCGCUACCUGCUGUCUCAGCCCUUUCCUAACAGCACCUCAUCUCUCCUGUGACCUAAAUCCUUUUUAGCUGCAGUGGAGUUAUCCAAAUAAAGCUACUUUGCAAUCAGAACUGCGUGUAACUGGGUUUGAGGGUGUGUUUGAAUGUUGCAGGCACUUCUUGGCACAGAACCACUUUAUACAGUUGAGAGCUGUUUCACACGUACUGUUUACAUCACAAGGUAAUGUCACUCCACUGCAAGCCUCCGAGAACACUUCUAUUUUUGUUGACCAAAUGCAAUUUCUUUCCAUGCCAUGUUCUCUGAGCCAAGCAUUAGAGAAGAGCAACAGAAAGGAUUCCUGGCCACAAACAAACACAACAGCAAAAUUGAACUAAGAAGAAACUCUCCCACUGAACAAACAAAAAUUACCUGGCAUCAUUUCACUUGUCUCUCAACUUUCAAAUCAUGACAAUGAAUGGGAAAUAAAUACAUUCUUAUGUUCAAUCCUUUACUACUUCCAUUCUCCUAAAGACUGAAAUGGUAAUGCCAGGCUACAGCAAAGCUGGAGCAAUGGUGCACGGUGCUGAGCCAAGCUGUGACCUAGAAUGACACUCACUGAGUCUACCAAGUAGAUUUCAAAUCGUUGCUUGUUUCCAUCAUCUGAAAAUCCUCAGUGCAGACUCAAUGCCAUUCAGAACCAGCACAAUCCUGCUGGCUUUGGGUACAGUUCACACACUUGGAUAUAAGCCUAACAGGCUUUGUGGGCAUAGCAUCAUAUUCUCAAUUAGUUCUGCACGGAUUUCUCUGUCACAGUCAACUAUUUUGAGCCACAACCUAUUUAGCUGCAUUUUCUCCAGCACUGAGUCACGAUCCGUUACGCCUGUCACUGAUGCAGUCACGUUGCGUGCGACCUCUCGGCGCUGCAGCUCUCCCCAGUCCCAUCGCUCUGCGGAACAUCACAGGAGUCAGGAAGAGGUUUCAGAAUAGAGCUGACGUUUACAUCAAGGAUAUGCCUAUCUGUUGCUUGGACAUCGUUUUCCACAGAUUAAAUGUAUUAAAUUGCAUGAUGGAGGGAACGCAUGAUCUGAAACUGCAAAACGAAUCUAGACUGGACAUGGAAAAAGGCUUCAGAGAUGAGACAGAAAAAAAAUAAUCAUUUAUAUUUACUUUUAUUCCAAGCUUUUCUUUAUUCAGCCUUACACCACUAGGGAGGCAUGCCGCCCAACUGCAGGUCUCCAACCACUGGGUACACCUUCAGGAGAUGCCUGACCAAGAAAGGACAUUUUUAUGAGUACUCCUUUCCCUCAAUAUUCAACUCUCCCGAAAAGCUAGUAAAGCUCUUCAUACUGCUUAUUUUUUGUGCCAUGUUACAGUUCCAAAGCUUUACAGAAAACUUUGCUCAGAUUGUUACAAAGCACAUGGCAUUGCCUGUUUUGUGACAGCCAGAAGGCGGAUUAAAAAAAAUCUUUCAGAUUAAAUGUUACUACAUAGUUGCCUGAAAUUUCAGGGAUUGCGCUCCAUCCUGGUGGUCGUUUGCGUUUCUCAUUUUCCCACUAGCCACCUCUAUAUUCUCAUUGUAUACUUAAGGCACUGAGGUCCCCAUCUCACAUUCAAGUGAAUUAGUAAUUUUCUGCUAAAUACCCGGGUAAAACUACCCUGCAGAAAACACAGUACUUGCUCCCCAAGAAAAAAGAAAAAGCUAACUACUAACACAUCGAGUGGUGCUUUCAAGUGACCUUUCCUUCCAGGAGUUCAGGCACAUCAGACGUACACCUGCUUCAGUAAGUUAGGCGUGUGCUUUUUUCCAGGUGAACACUAUUACAGUGACUGACCAACUCCUUUUAACAAUGGUUAAUUAUGAGUUCAGAGCCACAACAGCCUUUAUUGCUAGUACCAAUUACCUUUGUCUUAAGCUUUGACAAAAUACUUACAAGAGGGGAAGACAACAUAAAGGGAGAAAGCAUGCAUUUAGCAGAGGUAAGGGGUGCUUUUUACUAAUCUGCACCCCAGGAGGUGAGAUGAAGCUAUGAAAAGACAUAAUCCUAGGAAACAGGUUUGAGUGAGCAGAGAUAAAUAUGGGCUGAUCAAAGGCAAAGAGCUGGAAAAGGCUGAUUGCAGAGAAGCUGCAGGGAUGGGCUUUAAGCUACAGUGGAAAAAUGGGUAUUAUUUUACUAAGAAAAGUGGCUGCAUAUUUGUGUUCAGAACUAAAGGCUGAUUUUCCAAGGCAUUUAAUAUAUCACAGCAGCCCCUAGAGUUUUUCAGUUAAAGUGCACCACAGCACAUAACUGGGCCUUGCUCACGUUGUCACAAAUUGCCGUGCAUCAAAACAGAAAACCGGAUUCGAUUCUUGUGGCUGCUCCAUGACCUAAGUUUCAGCGUGCACACAAAAAUAAAAGGCAAACCAGGAAUACCAUUUAGCACCAGUGAAGCAUUUUGGACUAGAUGAUCUUCAGAGGUCCCUUCUAACCUCAGCCAUUCUGUGAUUUACAGAACAAGUCUGCUUUCAACAAAGACACUGAGGAAGAGUCAAACCCCCAGUUUCAAAUACGUUUGUGGUCUGAACUGUUCAGAUGGAUUUUACAAAAGACCCAAGCCUACCUGUUCGCCUGAUCUCGCCUCCCAUGAUGCAAACAGUUGAAUGAGUCCCAGGCAAGUGAAGAGUGAAAUGAAUCCUAAUCCACUUAAACCUCCCACUGUGUUCUAGUUGAGACUCCCUUCUUUAGUGGCCCCAUCAGAGGAGGACCUCUAAGGCACCAAGACCACGAGCAUCAUCUGCAUCAGUCAGGCUAAAUGCUACUUUUGUGAAAGCAGCGAUACAGAGCCCGGAAAACAAGCUAGACUUAAUCACAUGCAAUGAAAAAAACAUCAAACUUAUAUUAAAACAAGUAAGAAGCCAGUAAGAUGUUGCAGAGAAAAAUUCCCUAUGUAACUCUACAAACAUGGAAAUAUAACUCUGUGGAAGCAGAGAAAUACUGUUCUGAACUAACUUCAAUGCAAGUAAAAAACCAACCAAAUAAAAAACAACCAAACCAAACAAAGCAAAACCCAACUCUUUCUAAACAUUAUAGUUUUUCUUCUGGAAUCGACUAUCAAAUGUGAACAUUUACCUUUAGACUAUGUUACUUUCCUCCAAAAUUUUAAAACAAAUUAACAGUAACUGUUGAUAGUUGAAAGAAAGGAUCUGACAGUCUGGUAGAAGCAAUCAAAUCCAGUUAUUCACAGCACUGUUUCUUCUUUGGCUGAAAAUUUGUAAGAGAUUCCACACUGUUAUUUUAAUGAUAAAAGGGUGGGGUGGAGGAAGUCAGGUAAAGGUAACAGCAAAUAUGCAAACAGAAAAUCUGCACCUUUGAUUUCCAGUUAACUGAAAGAAAGUUAAAAGGCACAAAAAGGAGGCCUGGCGCACAAGGAAACCUUAACUAACACUUGGCACGUGGUCUCUGGGCACUAAGAAAGACACGUAGGCCAAGGCUUUCAAACUCCUAAGGAGUAUUACAGUGCAUGGGAACUUUUCCAUAUAUUUCAGUGGAUUAGGCUUUCACUUUGCUAUGACGAGCAACUGUUGGUGUCUAAAUAAUCAGCUGCAUGGCAUAACAUGCACACAUUAGAAAUCUUGCAUUUGUCAGGCUUUUUUUUUUUUAAACCCCAUACAUUUGAGAAUUUGUGCCAUAUUAACCCCAUUCAAAUACCGUGUGCUCAGACUGUGACUGAUAAAUCUACAUCUCAACAGCCAGAAAACAAACAAACAAACAAA